UUCAUUUAGCAUUUUUAUGGUUGCAACUUGUUGGAGUUUGGGCAUCUCAUUGGGCCCAGCGGAAGAUUGCAAUCCCUUUGCUUUGUGCUGACUGCGCGGUUUGGAGUAGCACCUCCUCCGCCUCCACCUGAGUUUAUGGGAUCUUGAUUUGUUCUUGCUGUCAUCAUCAUAAUCGCUUUCUCUCAUACUGGGAUUAGCAUUAGCAUGGGUUGUUAGCCCAGCAGGGAGUCGAGAGUGGACGUCUUUCUUUUUUUGCUAAGGCCUCUCCUUGAAGACCUUUCCCUGGAAGGACUUGCGGACUUUUAUGCCUUUUUUGGAGGGCGAGUUUUUGAAGGAAACAAGACUGCUAAUACUUGCUUUUCUUCAGUAUUCUUGAGGUUACAACUCUUAUCCAACCUUAUUUUUCUUACUUUUAACGUGUUUUGAGGCUACAAUCCCAAGGUCAAGAUGCUGAACCAGGGGGCUGUGAUGAUCUUCACAGGGAUCUGUGGGGCGCUAGUAGUCAUGGCAGUGGCGUAUUACGCCUACUGGUCUGUGGUGUUGAGUGAGGGGCCGUGUAAAAGGGGACUGUAAAGAAGAAGAACCCACCGUGGUGUGUGUGUAUGUGUGUGUGAGGCGUGGGCUUGUCCGUCAUGGGUGUGUUGGCCUGGCUGAAGAGCCAGUUCAUCCUGCAGCUCCUCAUCGGCUUCGUCUUCGUGGUCAGCGGCCUCAUCAUCAACUUUAUCCAGCUGUGCAGCUGUGUGAUAUGGCCCUUCAACAAGCAGCUCUACCGCAAGUUCAACACCCGCAUGUCCUACUCGCUAUGGAGUCAGUUGGUGAUGCUUUUAGAAUGGUGGUCGGGGACAGAUUGCACGCUGUACACUGACCAGGCCACGGUGGAUAUGUUUGGCAAAGAGCAUGUCAUCAUCAUCCUCAACCACAACUUUGAAAUUGAUUUCUUGUGCGGCUGGACCAUGUGUGAACGAUACGGCGUGUUAGGGAGCUCUAAGGUGCUGGCGAAGCACGAGCUGCUGAAAGUGCCUCUGAUUGGCUGGACCUGGUACUUCCUGGAGAUCGUGUUCUGUAAGAGGAAGUGGGAGGAGGACAGGGAUACGGUGUUUAAAGGGCUCCACCAACUCAGAGAUUACCCAGAGUAUAUGUGGUUUCUGCUCUACUGUGAGGGAACACGUUUCACAGAGAAGAAGCACCAGAUCAGUAUGCAGGUGGCCGAGAGCAAAGGCCUGCCAAAGCUCAAAUACCACCUACUGCCACGCACCAAGGGCUUCACCACCACCAUGCAAUGCCUCAAGGGAACAGUAAAAGCAGUAUACGAUGUAACGCUGAACUUCAAAGAUAAGGAGAACCCCACCCUGCUAGGCCUCGUCAGUGGCAAGAAAUACAAAGCUGACAUGAGUGUCAGGCGUUUCCCAGUAGAAGAUAUCCCUGAUGAUGAGAAGGAGUGUGCAGACUGGCUUCAUAACCUUUACAGAGAAAAGGAUGCACUACAGGAGUACUAUGAGAAAGAGGGCAAGUACCCCGGCCCCACCAUCAUACCAAAGCGUCGGUUAUGGACACUGCUAAACUUCUUGUUCUGGGCUACGCUGCUGCUCUCCCCACUCAUUAACUUUGCCUGGGAUGUCUUUGUCAGUGGCUCACCCCUCCUCAUCAUUGGCUUCAUGCUUUUCCUCAUUGUUGCCUCUGUAGCUGUGCGCCGCCUCAUCGGCGUAACCGAGGUCAACAAAACAGGUUCCAGCUACGGCAACGUGGAAGCCAAGAAAAAGGAUUAGAAAAAUAAAAAGAACUUUUUCCACUGGUCCGCCACCGUAUCACUCCCUUUGCCGUCACUGCUCGGGCAUGGAGUCGCCCACCUGUGCAGUCAUCCUCCUUUUUAACUAAAAAUAAAUAAAUAAAUCAAGAAAAAAAAGAAAUAACUGCGACUGAAUGGGGGAAAACAUUAUAAUUAUAAUAAAAAAUCUCAGUGGCAUUGAAGCAUGUGGGGCUUUGGGAGUAUAGUUCAUUGUAACUUUAUAAACUAGAAUAAUUCUUAUUAAUUCUGAUGAAUUUUGCAAAAUGAAAUGAACAAAGUGUGAGGAAAAAAAAAACUAACAAACAAAAAAUAAACUAAAUGAUUGAGAUCCUCAGUGAUGCUCAUCUCCCUCUGGAUACUUAUUAGGUAACCUGAGGCUGACCACCAAAAUGAGUGAGGUGAUUGGCGGCUUGCUCCUCCCCCUUUCUUAGCCUCCUACCUUGUCCUUACCACUAGCUUAAGACCCAACAGUCCUCAGGGGUCUCUACACAGCCACGUAGUGAGCAUAUUUUCUAUUUAAGCCACUUCCUAUAGCUGGACACCGCCCACUUUUCCUGUUCCAGAUGCUCAACUUCCUUCCUGUCACUGUAUAUCUCCCCUCUUCUUCCUAUCCCUCUUGGCUAUGUCCAGACAGCGGCUCCCUUCUGCACGGCUCUGCAGCUGUCCCCUCCGCCGUCCCGUCUGCCGUCCACUCUCUCUAGCUGUUGUGGACUUCUAGAGACGCUAUUAACGUGACAUCCCUGUCUUCAGUGUCAAGAUUUCAAAGGAUUUGGUCAAACGGAUUUGACUCUAAUAACCUACAAACUCUUAGAACUGUAGUAGAAGUUUUUUUUCACACUAAUCCCGAUUGCGUGAUAUGAGUGGAUGACUUCGUCCAGGCCAGUGAAGCACAGGUGACGGCCGGCCCCCUGAGUCACAGUCGAGUAACUUUGAGUGACCUUGGUUUCUAUUUGCUGCUGAUGAAGUUGGUAAGACUUGACUGGUAAAGAUUAACAUUGGGGUUGAUGUUUAACAGACAGGGUUGAUGCAAGUGAGAAUGCAGUGAAGACAGGGCUCCCCGACAGCGAGCGAAGCUUGUUUAGUGUCCCAUUGUUUCACUGAUUCAUUGCAUUGUGGGUGGUGUAGUGCAAUAGGAGGUGUAGCAGAAAAAGGGUCCAGUCUCAUUCCAUGUAAAUCCAGUCAGAUCAACAUCUUAUGUUUGUUUUAUAUCUGGCUUUGGGUCAACCAGAACCACAAGAAAUCGUUUCCAGAUUGAAUAAAAAUGAAAAUUAUAACAGGCAUCCAUUCAUAAACAGUGAUUGCAAUGGCUACGUUCACAUUACUAGGCUGAAGUGACACAAAUUAGAUUUUUUUUACUUAAUGUGACCGAUCUGAUUUUUUCAUAUCUGUGUGGACACAUAAUCAGAUCUUUUUAAAUAAUUUCAUAGAUUUGCUUCACUUUCAUAUAUAUGGUCCAAUAUUGGAUACAAUUUGUUGGAAUGCAACAUGAAUGUGAACAGUCAGAUCAGAGUUCAUGUGUCGUCAUCCAACAUUGGGGUUGUGCUGAAUUCUGAAUUACCUUUAUUAUGCAGAUGUAUUGAUUUUUAUUUUUCUGUCUUUACAACAAACUACAGAACAUUGCAUAAGGGAAGUCAGAUUCUGCCAGGGCCCCAGUAUUCAGCAGAACAACAGAGGCAGCAUAAGUAAAUGUAUCAAUGUAUGCGUACAUUUAUGAAUGUGAACGAUCAAAAUCCAAAUCUAAGUUAAAAAUCUGAAUUAUUUUGUUAAAGCAGCCUGUAAUAUAAACACAGCAAUGCACUCUUAUUUUUGCAGUGUUUUAUAUCACAUUACAGCAAUGUACAAUGACUGUGGAAAAAAGUGUGUGGGAAUGUGGAAUGAUCGGACCAGGAGAAAAAAAAAUGCAUAAGAUUAAAAACUUCAUUAAAAAUGUCAUUACUGUAGUCUACUCACUGUGAAAAAUGGCUGUGUAGCACAUGUGAAUGUGAAUCAUUGGAUGAUCCACCUUUUUUUCCCCCCUUUUUUAAGUUUGCAUUGAGUUGUAAAUAAAUAUCAGGAAUUCCUCCUGGAUGUUGACAGUU